GCUGUGAUCUGGGAGUGCGGCCUCAGGAACAUGGAGGGUCCUCUGGAAGGGAAGGUACCCGCGGCGGCGCUGGCCGCUGUGCUGAAGCACAGCUCGGCGCUACCCUCCGAGAGCUCCCAAGUCCGAGGUUACGACUUCAACCGCGGCGUGGACUACCGUGCGCUACUGGAGGCCUUCGGCACCACUGGCUUCCAGGCCACCAACUUCGGGCGCGCCGUGCAGCAAGUCAACGCCAUGAUAGAGAAGAAACUGGAGCCGCUGUCACAGGAUGAAGACCACCAUGCAGACCUGACCCAGAGCCGGCGCCCACUUACUGGAUGCACCAUCUUUCUGGGCUACACAUCAAACCUCAUCAGUUCAGGCAUCCGUGAAACCAUCCGUUACCUCGUGCAGCACAACAUGGUGGACGUCUUAGUGACCACAGCUGGCGGCGUGGAGGAAGAUUUUAUCAAGUGCCUGGCACCCACGUACCUGGGCGAUUUCAGUCUCAGGGGGAAGGAGCUACGUGAGAACGGGAUCAACAGGAUUGGAAACUUACUGGUGCCCAACGACAAUUACUGCAAGUUUGAGGAUUGGUUGAUGCCCAUUCUGGACCAGAUGGUGCUGGAGCAGAACACGGAGGGUGUGAAGUGGACACCUUCCAAGAUGAUUGCCCGGCUGGGCAAGGAGAUCAACAACCCAGAAUCGGUGUAUUACUGGGCCCAGAAGAACCACAUCCCCGUGUUGAGCCCAGCGCUCACAGAUGGCUCCCUGGGUGACAUGAUCUUCUUCCAUUCCUACAAGAACCCAGGCUUGGUCCUGGACAUCGUUGAGGACCUGAGGCUCAUCAACACGCAGGCCAUCUUUGCCAAGCACACUGGGAUGAUCAUCCUGGGCGGGGGUUUGGUCAAGCACCACAUCGCCAACGCCAACCUCAUGCGGAACGGGGCUGACUACUCUGUCUAUAUCAACACGGCCCAGGAGUUUGAUGGCUCGGACUCUGGUGCCAGGCCGGAUGAAGCUGUCUCCUGGGGCAAGAUCCGGGUGGAUGCACAGCCUGUCAAGGUCUACGCCGACGCCUCCCUCGUCUUCCCCCUGCUUGUGGCUGAAACCUUUGCCCAGAAGAGAGAUGCCUUCAUGCCCGAGAAGAAUGAGGACUGAAUGGCUAUGGCUCAGGGAAGUCUCCCCUCUCCUGUAUUUAUUAGCUUGCAAACCCGGUCCCUUCCUCCCUCCUUGGUCAGCCAUGUGUCUAAAAUAAAUGGUCUCCAUGA